AUGUCGUGUGACAGUAGUACGGGAUCCUGGAGGAAGGUUGUCACCGCUGUGGCUGGGUUCUCGGCGACUCUGGUAAGGUGUUCACAGGGUGGGCACGGUGGCGUGAGGUGUUCACAGGGUGGGCACGGUGGCGUCAGGUGGGCACGGUGGCGUCAGGUGUUCACAGGGUGGGCACGGUGGCGUCAGGUGUUCACAGGGUGGGCACGGUGGCGUCAGGUGUUCACAGGGUGGGCACGGUGGCGUCAGGUGUUCACAGGGUGGGCACGGUGGCGUCAGGUGUUCACAGGGUGGGCACGGUGGCGUCAGGUGUUCACAGGGUGGGCACGGUGGCGUCAGGUGUUCACAGGGUGGGCACGGUGGCGUCAGGUGUUCACAGGGUGGGCACGGUGGCGUCAGGUGUUCACAGGGUGGGCACGGUGGCGUCAGGUGUUCACAGGGUGGGCACGGUGGCGUCAGGUGUUCACAGGGUGGGCACGGUGGCGUCAGGUGUUCACAGGGUGGGCACGGUGGCGUCAGGUGUUCACAGGGUGGGCACGGUGGCGUCAGGUGUUCACAGGGUGGGCACGGUGGCGUCAGGUGUUCACAGGGUGGGCACGGUGGCGUCAGGUGUUCACAGGGUGGGCACGGUGGCGUCAGGUGUUCACAGGGUGGGCACGGUGGCGUCAGGUGUUCACAGGGUGGGCACGGUGGCGUCAGGUGUUCACAGGGUGGGCACGGUGGCGUCAGGUGUUCACAGGGUGGGCACGGUGGCGUCAGGUGUUCACAGGGUGGGCACGGUGGCGUCAGGUGUUCACAGGGUGGGCACGGUGGCGUCAGGUGUUCACAGGGUGGGCACGGUGGCGUCAGGUGUUCACAGGGUGGGCACGGUGGCGUCAGGUGUUCACAGGGUGGGCACGGUGGCGUCAGGUGUUCACAGGGUGGGCACGGUGGCGUCAGGUGUUCACAGGGUGGGCACGGUGGCGUCAGGUGUUCACAGGGUGGGCACGGUGGCGUCAGGUGUUCACAGGGUGGGCAUGGUGGCGUCAGGUGUUCACAGGGUGGGCAUGGUGGCGUCAAGAACCUCACCGCUCCACAAAAGUGUGGGUGGCAGACCAUACGGGAGCGAGAGAUGUCAGUGAGGACGGCUGUACUUGGUGGUAUGCCACCAUGGCACCACCACACGCUAAUCCCAUAAAAUCCCACAUUGUUUCUCGCGGGUUUGGUAAUAAACGGUUCGGCCUCAUGCAAGACAGCUAA